CUCUCGCCGUCCCGCAGGAGGAAGAGAGACACGGAGGGCUUCGGCGAGGAGUCGCGGGAACCCACGACCGGUGACAAUAUCAGAGAGUUCUUGCUGAGUCUCAGAUAUUUUCGCAUCUUCAUUGCGCUGUGGAACGUCUUCAUGAUGUUCUGCAUGAUUGUGUAA